UAAAAUAUACUUUCAAUGGAUCACCAACUUGUGGCUGCCAUUCAACAGGCAGCUCUGCAGCAACAAAUUUGCAAUGCAAUGGGUAUGCAGCUCCCAUUCCCUCAAGGUGUACCAAUGAAUUUCGUAGGCGGUGGCUACGGUUAUGGGUGCCCAGAAGGAAUGCCUUCCUAUCCGCUGUUUGACACAGAGGAGGUCGACGAAGAGGAUGAGGAUGAUGAGGAGCAGGUUCGCACUCUGUUUUGCAGCAACCUAGACGAGCGCGUCACGGAGGAAAUAUUGUAUGAAGUGUUUCUGCAAGCGGGGCCCAUAGAAAGCGCGCGAAUACCACUGGACAAUACAGGGCGGCAACGAAAUUUCGGGUUUGUUACUUACCAGCACAAAAUCGCGGUGCCUUAUGCAGUAGAGCUAUAUCAGGGCUUGGAACUAUUUCAAAAAAAGUUGAUUAUUCGUCAGCAGUGCCCAGAGAAACCGAAGCUAUCAGCGAUGGGGCUAGGUAGAACUCGCAACCCAUUUUCUCAAGAUUUCUCAUCGCCUGCCCCGCCCGUGAAUGAGCAAUCAGGAGGACAACGGCAUGUCCGACAUAGUAUCCAGGAUGGAAUGCAGUACGCUGGCCCCCAAAAGAAAUAUAAUAGUGAUGCCCGACGCCGCAGCGACAGUGCUGUCAUUGACCGUAACAGACCCAGACAUCAGCACCAGCAGCAUCAGCAGCACAACAAUAGUGGGGGUAACCGCAGAUCUGAUCAGAGAUAUAAUCAUGGUAGAAGGUUGCUGUAAGCUCCUUAGGUUAAGUUCAUUGUAACAUUUAUUUGUAUAAGUCUUUAAUAAGCGUAGAUAUAUACACUGUACAAAAACAAUUUUACCAUAGAAUAAAGUGACUUGAUUCUCAAGGGAUCAU